CGCAUAAAGACAUAAAUUGUCCAGGAAUGUUAAGAGUCAUCUUUUGGCAAGCACGUUGAUCGUCAUUGGUCAAAAAUGUUGGUACAUUUAUCGGCACGUUUUUAAACAGAUAUUCUCUAUCUCUCUUUUACUUAUUAAUUUCCUGUUAGAAACUAAAAUGUAUUUAUCGAUGAUGUCCCUUUUGAAAAUGUCAAUAAGAGCUAUCUAUUCUGGCACACACGAGUGGUACAUGCACACAUAGGUUAUAUUGUAUGUGUUCAGCUCACUCUUGUCUUUAUUUAUAACUAAUUAAAGUAGACUCUUCACAGUUGGACUUGUUCACUCUCUUAGAUCGGUCAAGAACAUUGUUUCGAUUUAAUAGUUUUUCUAUUCAACUGUUGAAAACUUUGAAAAAAAAAAAUCAUUUCAUGUAUUCAAUUAAUUCAUGAAAUUGUUUGUACAAAAAUGAGUACUUGGACACGUUUGAACUUUGAACAUGCUACCAGUGCUAUAUCCAGAGAAGAUCUUGGACUUAGUAUACGUAGAUUUAAACCAUCAAUAAAGACAAUAGAAAAACUGCCAGACAAGGUGAUAUUAAAUAUCUUCAGUUAUUUGUCACAUCGUGAGAUAUGCAAGGUCGCAAGGGUUUGUAAAAAAUGGCGUCAAAUUGCUUAUGACACGCGUCUUUGGAAGCACGUAUCGUUGAGACCGGAAAUCAGUGGACUCCAUGUUGGAUCACUCGAAAGUUUACUUCAAUUAAUAAGUGUACGUUUUGGUGCAUCAUUGAGAUACAUCGAGUUACCGAUCGAAUUGAUAACUCACACCGUUUUACACGAAUUAGCAAACAAGUGUCCAAAUUUGACUCACAUGCUUCUUGAUUUUUCCACUGCCAUGCAACUUCAUGAUUUCUCAGAGAUGCAAGCAUUCCCGACUAAACUCAAAUACAUGUGCAUAUGUUUGUCAGAAGUCAUAUUUAUGGAAGGUUUCAUGAGAAAAAUUUAUAAUUUCAUCAAUGGCUUAGAAAUUCUUCAUUUGAUUGGAACUUAUGAAAAAAUUGAGGAAGAGGAAGAAGAAAUUUACGAGGUGAUAAACGUUCACAAAUUAAAAUCAGCAACACCUAAUUUAAGAGUGAUCAAUUUAUACGGUAUCAAUUUCGUCGAUGAUUCCCAUAUAGAUGCAUUUUCAUCAAAUUGCAUACAAUUAGAAUGUCUGGCAGUGAAUUUUUGUGCCAAGGUCACUGGUUCAACCAUGAAAACACUAUUCCAACGUAGCAGAAGAUUAAAAUGUCUUCUUAUGCAAGGGACAAAUCUACAAAGCGAUUACGUUAUGCAGGUCGAAUGGGAGAAGUCCAGUAUCCAAGAAUUUGACAUAACGGCAACAGAUUUAUCAACUGAAUGUUUGAUCGAUAUGCUGACCAGAAUCCCUGGUCUUCGUUUUCUCAGUGCUGGCCAAUUAAAUGGGUUCAAUGACAGCGUGUUGAAAGCAUGGGUAGAAUCCGGUAAUCCACGAAAUUUGAUUGCUUUGAACUUGGACAGUUCGGACAAUUUAACUGACGAUGCUUUACACAAAUUCUUGUCGAGACAUGGUCAUCAACUUUGGGGUAUUUCAUUGGCUGGGAUGCCACAUAUAACUGAUCAACUAUGGCAAAGUGUUUUACCUAUUCUUACUAAUGCCAAAAUUCUCGUAAUGGGUACAAAUGAAAGACUUGGUGUUAAUAUUCACGUAGACCAGCUAAUGGAUGGAAUUGCAAAUAAUUGUCCAAAUUUGGAAAGACUCGAGCUACGUUGGGAUCCAGAAAAUUUAAGAUUUUCCGAUAAGAGUCAAAAAGCUAUUGACAUUUUGCGAGUCAAAUGCAUCAAACUCAAAUGUUUGGUUUUAAGCGAUGGAAGAUAUUACGAGAUCGUUAAAGCUAAUUUCGAACGUGCUGAUAGAUUAACGGUUGUUAGGACGACCACUUGUUGCCGAGUAUCGAAUUAUUAUUUGUUACAAAAUUACAAAGAUUUAAUUUUCAAUUGAAAUCAUGAGUUAACAUUUGACAUCAUUUAUAAUGUUAUUAAUUUUAUCGUUUCAAUAAGUCUAUCUUUAUUUUUUUUUUUUUUUUUUAGUUAUUUUAAUCAGCUUUGUAAAUUAUUGAAAAUUACUGUGUAAAUAAUCAUAAAUUAUUGUAACAAUUUUCCUAGGAAUUAAGUAUUGUGCAAAGUAUUAUAUAGAUAGCUGUCAAAAGUUAUCUCUUUUGCCAUUUUAUAAACUGAAAAAAAUAAAAAAAAGAUAAAGUAAA